GCCAGUCCAGAGCCCAGAGCUGUGCACGACCGCAAGGCAGGGGCGACGAAAUGCCUCACGGACGGUCGAUAGAUCGCCCGCUCGUCAUCCCGAUCCCGAUUCGAUCCCGGGAGCAGUCUGAGCUCACGGCCGCCGUGAUCGCGGAUCGAUUCGCCUCGUGCCAUGGAAAUUUCCCACCUCCGCUGCGCGAGCGAGCAGUACUCUGAAGUGUGAACCAAUUGAUCCUCGCCCACCUCUGAACUCGCGAGCCAGCGAGCAGAGCGAGGAAGAGCUAGUGCUGCCGGAGCUCAGGGCGCUUGACGAUGGGGUUCGAUGUCGGCGGACGGGCGGGGAGAUCGAAGUCGUGCCAAUGGCUCGAAGCACACGGACGAUGGUGACUGGGGCGGAAUCGGAAGAGCGGGAGCUCUUCUCGUGUCGCUCGCGGGGGUGCUGGGAUUUGGGAGGAGGCGGUGCUGGAGCUGCCUGCGGAAUCUGACAGUAGUUUUAGCUGAGAAUAUGUUGCUGAGACGUGAGGCGAGGCCCGGCGGCGGUGGUGCCAUGAAUUGGGGCAGACGGUUGAGUGCGGUGCUUGUGGGCGAUCGAUCCAGAAUUGGGGGCUCGAGAACGAGGUCGAAUUGAUGGGGGUGGCUUUGCAAGCAGGAAUGCUGGCCGGGGGCGUAGUUUUCGUACCAAUGGCGCUCGCCGGUUGGCACCUCACGCGGAAUCGCGUGCUCUUCUUCAGUGCUGCCCUGUUCAUCGUGCUCGCCGUCACUGUGCAUCUGUUGCCCUACUUUCCUAGCAUGUCUUCGAUGAUUUAUUCUAUACAUUCUCCAUGGCCCUAUCCGGGGGUUUUGGAUUCAUUACCCCCGAAACUGACUCCUGUUAAUUGCGUCUCUCAUCUCCAUGACCUCGUGUGGAGAGACGGAGAGCCUAGGGAAUUCAUGUCCAGCACUGCUGGCAAUGUUUCCACCUUUCGAGACUUCGACUGGGAACCGACGGGAAGGGCAGCGGACAAAUGUAAAUUUCAGAAGCUGAACACGGAGGAUAUGGUGGAGCUUUUCCGGGGCACUUGGAUUGUUGUGGCGGGGGAUUCUCAAUUGCGGUUUUUUUUCCUCUCGUUACUUGACCUCCUUAUGCCGGAUGAUAAUCCCAUCAAUCAGCGGCCUAUGGAGCGGCACACUAGUUAUGAGCACACUUGGGAGGAAGAGAAUAUCAGGUUGCAGUUUGUGUGGGCACCUUUCAGCGUCAAUUUGACUCGACUAGUCGUCGAGUACCGCCAUAAUCAUACUUAUCCUGACGUGCUUGUAAUGGGUGCCGGAUUAUGGCACAUGCUUCACCUGACGAAUUCCUCCCACUACGGCGAGUCUCUUUCGCAGCUGCAGAGAGCCAUAGUUUCUCUUUUCCCCUCAUCCUCCUACACAAAAUCUCUUACAUCCGCAAACGUUGUAGAUACUUGGUCCAAAACUACGUUGCAAGUUCCACACAUGUUCUGGCUCAACUCUCCGGCCUUGAUACGGUCCAUGCUCAACACUGAGAGGAAGCGGGAACGAAUGACAGCCGAAACUUCUCAAUUGUAUGAGGACGAGCUGCGGAAGAGUAAGCUCGUCCGGCCAGAGGGCCCUAUGACUCUAGUCAACAUGAAAAAACUCAGUCAAGGUUGUGGCCCUUUCUGUACUAUAGAUGGCAUGCACUACAACUAUGCGACCUAUGAGGCUGCCGUGCACGUGGUGGUCAAUGCUCUUCUUAUUGCAACGCAGCAAUCACCUGCCACCUGAAUGUACCGCGUCUCGAUGAGUUUUCUACCACAUUCUUUUUCUGGGAAAUCCCAAGAUACUCCUUCAUAUACAUGAUAAGCGUGGUAGUUUACUGUGGAAGAAGAGAAUGAAACCUUCGAAAGUUAUGCAGCUCAAUCUCGAAUGCAGAUGUGGACUCGGAAGUGGCAUGCGUUUCUGCAGUUUGCGGAGUGGACUUGUAAUUCAUCAAGUUCAUCUUGAAGUGUGAAUAUUAGAGCAACUACGAGGUCAAUUGACCGGACAUUAUGUGGACACAGAUUCAGUUGAAGGCGCCAGAUUGAAUGCUUACUGCGGGAAUGCUCAUGUUGUGAAUCCAUCGAGGUCAUUGCUUCUGUCCAGCUCAGUAAUUAUUGCCAUUAGUUUCUUCAUAGGCUGUAGGUUUCUCAAUACAUGCACUUUAUCAAGUAUUUGUUCAAGUAAUAAAUCGUCGACACGUGUAGAUCAAAUUACAAG